UGAUAUAUGUUUACGCGCACUUUCACGCAAGAAGAUGAAAAUUUGUUGUCGAACGCAUAUCGAACAACAGUACAGUUGUUAAGUCUAUACUUUAAUUCAAUUGUAUGCCACUGUUAUACUACAAAAAACGAAAUUGAAAAAUAGACAGAGAGGAAAAGAUGCUGAUAUAGAGAGAUUGAAACUAAUUAAUUAAUUAAUUAAGAAUUAAUACAAAUUAACAAUGCGUGGGUAUGCUCUUCUGACGCUUCUCUUUUUAGCAAGCUAUGCAACAAGUUUAUGUCCGUAUAAGUGCAGAUGUUCGGAGAAGAAAGGGCAACGCAGUUUUGCAGUAAUUUGUGGCGGAAUGGGAUUUCAAUCAUUGCCGACAACUAAUAUAUCGAUAAAUGUUACAUUUCUUUCUUUUCCACUCAACAAAAUCAAGAAUAUAUCGAAUCAGAUGUUUACGAGAUACAAGAAUCUUCAACAUCUUAUUAUGAGUCACAAUGAGAUAGAAACAGUGGACGAAUAUGCUUUUGCUGGAUUGCAGGAAUUGAUCAGGCUGGACUUAUCUGGAAAUCGCAUUACUGUAUUCCCGUGGAGUUUCAUGGAUUCAACACCGAAGCUUUCAAUGUUAUACAUAAACAACAAUUUUCUGUCCAAUUUUCCUUCUCAAAAGCAAGUUAACAAGUUAAGUCAAUUGGUAUCAUUAAGAAUACACAACAACACAUUCAAAUGUUCUUGCAAUGUAUUUGCGUUUUCGGAAUUGCUCCAAAACAACGAAAAAAGGUCGGUGACGAUAAAAAAAUAUAUCACGAUUCAGAACGUAGAAAGUCUUCAUUGCACAACAAAACUCAAAUGGAAAACUAUCAAACUACUUGAAAUACCGAUACCAACGUCCCAAAUAUCUAGUAACCACCAAAGUAGGUAUAAAUGCACCAGUCCGACGAUAGAAAUGUUUGCAAUAACAACAUCAGGAGGAGAAGAAAAAUCAGCUCGGAAAAGAAGGAGUCCAUCAUCCGAUGGAAAUAUGACUAGCGACGAACUUUUUUUCGACGAGCCGUCAGGUUUGUUGACGCGGAUGUCGAAAUCAUGGACCAAUAUUCAGAUGAAUCAGAAUAAAACCCCUCCUCCCGAAGUGUGGAUGGUUGAAAAAGUGAAAGAAAGUGUAUUUUCGGUCGUCGAAUCUAUGCAUUUAAAAAUUAUUUGCGAUGUUACUAAUAAACAUAUGUUGACAGGAGUGACUGAUUACUUACUGAAAACAACAUCAACCAAUAAAGAUACGACAAAUGCGAAUAUUCAUAAACUAAAAGGCUGGAAGAAUGACAAUGAAUUUACAAUUAGCAGAGCAAAGAAGGAUAUCCAUGAUGGAAUGCGAAUACUCUGUGUUGUAGAAAAUGUUGCGAACACGGUGGCAAAACUUGCUCGAAUUAAAGUGGUGAAUGACAAAGAUACGGAUGCGACAAUAAGUACCCAUCAGUUGACAACAGAAUCUUACCAAAAAAGUGCCAAAAAUACAAUGACUGAGAAAUAUGAAGUUACAGAAGUACCUCAUCAAAAAACGAAAAUAAUGUCAUCUGGACGUGGUGGUACAGCUAUUACUUCAACUCUUGUUCAUGAGGGAUUUUCAAAAGGUUCUUUCUACAAUUCUACGUGUAGCGAUUACAUGGGUGACAGUGACAAUGUUAUUAUGAUGACUCCAUAUUUAAUUGACCAUAAUUUAUAUAAAUACAGGUAUCAUUUUAAUAAUGGUGUAAAUCUUACAAUGGAAGAGUCUACUAAAAGAAAAAAGAUUGUCGUCACAAUAAAAGCAAGCACGUCAACUUUAGAAACGAUGUUUAUAUGUAGUUCUGGUAAGAACAUUCCUAAAAAAUGGACACUUAUCAAAAAAGGAAUUCAAAUCCACGAAGUCGAACCUUUUUAUUAUGAAAAUGGCACAAUCUGUAUCUCAUCAUCACAUAUGAGAGUCGAGGUAUGUGGUGUUUUCCCUGUUCGUAACAAAGUCAUAAAAAGUAUGAAGGUCAUGGUAAUUGUUGGAAUUACGAUAUUAUUGCUUGCAACAAUAAUAAUGAUCUCCUGUGCCUUACAUCGAAUUAUCAUGGGCAAAAACAUUCAUCAUUACAAAUCCGCUCCAAUCAGGCAUCGACAAAUGCCUAACAAUUUUUCAAAAACAAUUUGUGAAAACGUUGAUGUGGACAACUAUAGCAUUUUAAAAGAAAAUGAGGAAUGCCGAUCCGAGCACAGCGCUCAGUGUGAUAAUCUAUUACAAUCUGGUUCGAAAGACUUGGAAGUUGAUGAAUCAACCUGAAUGUCAACAGAAGUUUUCCUAUUUUUUGUGUGCUGUCGAAUUUAAAAAAUAUGUCACAGAGUAAACUCUAAAUACCUUACAUAUUUCAAUGUAUAGAAGUUCACUAUCUAAAUUAUCAUAUUUGCAAUUUUUUCGACGUUUUUCACUAAGUAUUUUAAAAACCAGCAAUAAAAAAAACGUUUUAUGA